GUACUACAGUCCUGACGGGGAGACAGAUACGAGGAGUAGCUGCCUCCCUUGCCUGUCUGCCCCCCGGGGGGCACCCGAAUGCCAAGGCUCCGGAAAACGUCCAGCCCGCCUGACCCGAAACGCCGAGCCCCACCCAAGACACGGCGAGAAGUUGGCACUGAAUGGCACCCGGGAUGGGAAGCCGGAUGAGAGCGCGACGCAAUAUGCAGUGCUGGCCAUCGUCCCCGUCUUCUGCAUUAUGGGUCUGCUUGGCAUCCUUUUCUGCAACCUGCUGAUGAAAAAGGGGUACCACUGCACGGCCCGGAAGGAGACGGAUGAGGAGGCCACUAAAUCAGACCGAACCGGGAACAGUUUGGGCCAUAAGAUGGAAGACGUGAACGAGGAUACGAUCGGAGUCCUGGUGCGGCUGAUCACGGAGAAAAAAGAAAACGCAGCUGUCCUAGAAGAGAUGCUGAAGGAAUACAACAGCAAGCAACUCACACAGCCGAUUUACAAACCUGUGAACAAAUUGCACCUCCUGCCCCAAAUCCCACACAUAUGCCGGCAUCAGCACCACCUACACACCGUCCAGGGGCUGGCCAUGCGUUCGGGCCCCUCCUGCACCCGCUGCAGCCAGAAGAAGUGGCCGGAGGUGCUGCGGGCCACCGAAGCCGUCUCCACCACGGUCCUGCCUGGCAGCCACGCCCCGAAACCCCCCCGGCCGGGGGAGAUCACCAUCCUCUCCGUGGGCAGGUUCCGCGUGGCCCGUAUCCCCGAGCAGAGACCCAACCCCACGGAACUGAAAACCAUCUCCGAGGGGCUGGGAGAGGCCGAGCCCAGCGAGCCCCCUUACGCCUCCCUCGCCCCAGAGCAAAAGCUGCUGGUCAGCAACGGAGGAAGACUGAAGCGGCCCUCGGGGGCAGAGGGUCAGCAAGAGGUUGUCAUUUGACUGCUUCCCGCGGCCGAGAAGAUGGGAACAACGCAACUUUUCCG